AUGUAUCGCAGCGGCAUGCGUUCGGCGCCCCGCGCCCUGAGCGCCGCCCGACAGUCGGCAAUUCGCGCAGCUCCUAGACGAUUCGCCUCAACAGCACCCGCCGACAAGCCCAGGACGUGGAAGGGUGCGGCAAUGAGAUGGGGUCUCGCCGCCGGUGCCCUCUACUGGUAUAACACAAGUCCAGUCUUUGCCGAGGAGCCCAUCCCCAAAACGAUUGCCGCCCCGUCCCAAUUCUCCGAAUCCGAUCUUACCACCGUCGAUGCCAUUGUCGAAGAGAAGCGCAAGCGAGCCAUUGUAAAGGCUGAGGAGGCCAAGCCCGCCGCCGCCGCCGCCCCCGUACCAACAGAAGCCAGCCAGCAGACCAAGGCGGCGCUGGAGGGUGAAGGCGCCGAGGGAAGCCCGGCACCUGCCCCCGGUUCCCCCGAGGCAUUGGAGGCCGAGGCGGAUCAGCAGGGUGCUUUCAACCCCGAGACGGGCGAGAUCAACUGGGACUGCCCGUGCCUGGGCGGCAUGGCUGACGGCCCCUGCGGAGAGGAGUUCAAGGCUGCGUUCAGCUGCUUCGUCUACUCCAAGGAGGAGCCCAAGGGCAUGGACUGCAUUGAGAAGUUCCAGAAAUACCCCGAGGUCUACGGCGAUGAGCUGGCCGAUGACGAAGGCGCCGAUGAAGCCGAAGCCGCUGCCGCCGCGCCCGCCCUUGACGCCAACGCCGAUGCUACGAUUGCGCCGCCCACCAAGGCCGUUGAGGAGAAGAAGGGGGAGAACAAGGAGAUCAAGAAGGAGACCAAGGCCGACUCCCCGGAGCAGGCCCCCAAGGCCGAGGUCAAGGCCGAGUCAAAGGCGGAGAAGACGAAACCCGCGCCGGUCGAGAAGCAGGAGAAGCAGGAGAAGCCCAAGGCCCCGGCGGCUCCCUCGCCCGAGCCUGUUGAUCUUACCCAGCCCAACAACAAGGCCGUCGAUGCUACUGCGGCGAACAACAUUUAA